AUGGCGGUGGCUUUGGAUGUGUUUAUUUUGGUAUUGCCAAUGCCGCUGCUUGGCCGGUUGAAGUUGAAUAAGGGGAAGAAAAUUGGUAUUGUUUUGAUGUUUUCGACAGCUGUAAUAGCUCUCGCUUGCGCGAUACUCACCACUAUUUACCGUGUCAAACUACGAGGAAGCACAGAUCCAUUCUGGACAUCUUGGGAAUCCACCAUCUUCAACGUAAUCGAAAACAACGUGGCAAUAAUCGUAGCCUGCGUCCCCGGAACCUUCUCCUUCAUAAAAACAUACCUAACCCCCGCCCGCUUCCCUUCCCUCCUAAACGGCCCCUUCAAAGGUCUCCUCUCCCUCAAAUCCACCUCGACACACUCUCGAAAACGCAGCGACAACGGCGGAAACGGCGGCAUGGGCGGUCUCACCCCGCACAUCAGUUCCCCCGUCUGCGCAGUCAGUCCCGGUCACUUCCAGCACUACAAACAACUACACAACGUGAAAAACGUGCAGCACGACGCAUUCGGCCAAAAGGUGUACGGAGAGAAGGAACUCAUCGGGGACAUACCGCGCAUGGGAAAUACGUUGCAGGUACCGCCGAAGGACCGGUAUCAUCAACGGAAUGUGUCGAAUGCGACGGCGGAGAUGGAUAUUUCGAGCGUGGGAAUCGCGUAUGGGAGCGGAUUGAGGAAUGUGGAGGGGUGGAGAGAGAAGAAUAGUGAGAGUGAGGAUAAGGUUGAUUCGUUGCUAAGACAGAUGGAGAUGGAGCAGAUGAGUAGUCGGUUUUCGACGUAG